CUUUUGCUCUGUGGUGUCCUCUUAUUAUUCCUCCUCUUGUCAGUUACAGGGACAGUUUAACCUAAAUGGGAUGCACAAAACUGGAGAUGUGAUUCUAGGUGGACUUUUCAGACUUCACUUCUUUCCUGUUUAUGAUGAUGCAUCUUUUACCUCAGAGCCACAACAGCCUACCUGCUAUGGCUUUAAUGUGUUAGGAUUCAGGCUGUCUCAGACCAUGGCCUUUACUAUUGAUGAGAUCAACAGAAACUCAAACCUGCUGCCUAAUGUCACUCUGGGAUACAGUCUGUAUGAUAACUGCCUCCAAGUAGGGGUUGGAAUUGGUGCAGCACUGACCUUACUCAGUGGUCAAGAAGAGCAAGUUUCAUUAGAGGAGAGAUGUGUAGGAACUCCUCCACUCCUAGGAGUUGUGGGUGAUUCUUACUCCACAGGUACUAUUGCCGUAUCCGCAGUCUUAGGUUUGUACAGAGUGUCUCUGGUGAGUUAUUUUGCCACAUGUUCCUGCCUGAGUGAUCGACAAAAGUUUCCAUCUUUCUUUCGGACAAUCCCGAGUGAUUCUUUUCAGGUGAAUGCUAUGAUUCAGAUUCUAAAACACUUUGGUUGGACUUGGGCAGGUCUGCUCAUCAGUGAUGAUGAUUAUGGACACAAUGCUGCUCGGUCCUUUUACUCUGAUCUGGGUCCAACUGCUGGAGGUUGUCUGUCUUACACAGAGAUAUUGCCUCGUUAUGAUCCCAUUGAAAUUAGGAGAAUAGUGGAUGUGAUAAAGAAAUCUACAGCUCGGGUGGUGAUUGUGUUUGCACACGAAAGUCGCAUGAUUAACCUCAUGAAAGAGGUAGUGAAACAGAAUGUGACAGGCCUGCAGUGGAUUGCCAGUGAAGCCUGGUCAUCAGCUGCUGUGCUCCAGGCUCCCCAUCUCAUGCCGUACCUGGCUGGAACACUGGGGAUCGCUAUUCGUCGAGGAGAAAUACCAGGGCUCAGGGAAUUCCUGUUACAAAUACGUCCUGACCUACAUCACAACAACACCGAUGGGAAUAGCAUGGUGAAUGAGUUUUGGGAAUACACAUUUCAGUGUAGAUUUGCACCACCUCCAGCAGGUUGGGUGGAAGCUGGAGGAGAACUAUGCACUGGACAGGAAGCUGAAGAGAAUGUGGAGAAUGAAUUGGUGAACGUUUCGGAACUCAGGCCAGAGUAUAAUGUGUAUAAGGCUGUGUACGCUCUGGCGUAUGCUCUUGAUGACAUGCUGCAGUGUGAGCCAGGGAGAGGACCUUUCAGCAACAACACCUGUGCUCAUUUACAAAGACUGGAGCCAUGGCAGAUGAUAUAUUACUUGGAAAAAGUCAACUUCACCACAUCUUUUGGUGAUCAAGUGUCAUUUGAUGAAAACGGUGAUGCCUUACCUGUAUAUGACAUCAUGAACUGGGUGUGGCUCCCUGAUGGAAGAACUAAAGUUCAGAGUAUGGGUGAGUUUAAGAGGUCAGCCUUCAAAGGAGAAGAACUUACACUGGAUGAUGACAAUAUCUACUGGAACUUUCAAUCCAAACAGCCUCCUCGGUCAGUGUGCAGUGAGAGCUGUCCUCCAGGUACCCGCAUGGCCAGAAAGAAGGGGGAACCUGAGUGUUGUUUUGACUGCGUCCCUUGUUCUGAGGGAAAGAUCAGCAAUACAACUGACUCCAUGGAGUGCACCAGUUGUCCAGAAGAUUUCUGGUCCAGCCCCCAGCGUGACCACUGUGUUCCUAAGAAAACAGAGUUCCUCUCCUACCAUGAGCCUCUGGGUAUCUGCUUGACAACUAUCUCACUUUUGGGCACAUUUAUCUGUGUUGUUGUUCUGGGCAUCUUCAUCCAUCAUCACAGCACACCUAUAGUCCGUGCCAACAAUUCAGAACUCAGUUUUCUUCUUUUGGUGUCCCUUAAAUUGUGUUUUUUGUGUUCAUUGCUCUUCAUUGGACGACCCAGAUCAUGGACUUGCCAACUAAGACAUGCAGCAUUUGGCAUCAGCUUUGUGCUUUGUGUCUCAUGUAUCCUGGUGAAAACCAUGGUGGUUCUGGCUGUGUUCAGGACCUCUAAACCAGGCGGUGAGUCCAGUCUGAAGUGGUUUGGUGCUGUGCAACAGAGAGGGACAGUUCUGGUUCUGACUUCUGUUCAAGCAGCAAUCUGCACUGCCUGGCUUGUCUCUGCUUCACCAGCACCUCAUAAAAACACCCAGUAUCACAGUGACAAGAUAGUUUAUGAGUGUAUAGUUGGGUCCACAGUUGGUUUUGCAGUUUUACUUGGUUAUAUUGGUUUACUGGCCAUCCUCAGUUGUUUGUUAGCUUUUCUAGCAAGGAAUCUUCCAGACAGUUUCAAUGAGGCCAAACUCAUCACCUUCAGCAUGCUGAUCUUCUGUGCAGUGUGGGUGGCCUUUGUCCCUGCUUACAUCAGCUCACCAGGCAAAUAUGCAGAUGCAGUGGAGGUAUUUGCCAUCCUGGCCUCCAGUUUGGGCAUCUUGGUGGCACUGUUAGGACCCAAGUGUUACGUCAUCUUGUGUAGACCAGAGUUAAACACAAAGAAAGCCAUCAUGGGUCGAGGCACUAAGUCAUAAAAACUGUAUCCAAGA